AGGGUCGCGUGCGCCCAAGCAGUUUUUGUUCGUGUCACGUGUGACUCCUUGAGCGUCGCCACUUCGUGGACCGCCGUCGGACGCCGGCCACAGUCGGCUGUGAAGCGAGCAAGGCCCAAGCCAGCCACGAUGACUUCCACAGUCGGGGCCACCAUACAAAGGGUGUUCGGCUUCGGCACCGCCCUGGACCGGAUCGCCACCGCCUUUGUGAACGCCUUCCCUUCGACGAGGAUGUGCUGCGCCUGCGGAAUGGUGCCUUCCACGUUGGUCAUCCUGUCCUGCCACCACCCGCUCUGCCGACCCUGCUACGACGAGCACGAGCAGAAAUACGGACACUGUUGCCCCGUGGACAAGCAGCCCUACAGAGAAGAAGACCUCACGUGGAUGGACUUCAGCAGCGCCGAGCUAAUGGCUCGCAGAGUGCUCUGCUGGAACACGCCCAACGGGUGCGGUUUCGAAGGCGAAGCGGCCGACAUGGUGGACCACUUCCAAAACGACUGCCGGUUCCACGCCACGACCUGUCAGCGCUGCGGCAUCACCUUCCGGCAGCGGCAUAUGGCUGAACACAGGCACUCAGGUUGCCUGCCGCAGCGUUCACGCCAAGAACCGCCUAGAACAGCUUGCGCGGUCACCGUGCAGUUGGAAGAACCACUCAAACUGAUCGCCGAACAUAUCGGGUCCUUGCUGGAAAGCCUCGAAGUUCUCCAGGACCACCUCUGCCGCGACGGAUGCAGUUCUGUCGUGUACAGACUCUCUCAAAUGGACAAUACCCUCCUUCGCAUCGAAUGGAGCCUCAACGAUGAAGGCCAGAGCGAAGAGUCGCACCCGAGCUGGGGCUUUGUUCGCACCCACGUGGGAGACAUUGAGAGGCGCGCCGGAGUCCAGACUAGGGCUAUACUGGCUCAACACCGGGCCGCACUCUCCUCGCAGAUUAGGACCGCCCUGGAUGAAAGCCAACGCACCGCAGCGGCCGUUUUAAAACGCGAGUGCAACGCGGCCGCGGAAACGUUCGCCCAACAGAGGACGAGGGCACAAGACGCGCAGGCCGCCUCGAGCUCGCGAAGCCGUCUACUCUGCGAAGUCAGCCGCAAGAUCGACUUGUUUCAAGAGACACUCUCCAAGAAGGAAACGGUGUCCGGAAAGGACUUGGCCAGGUCCAUGCAACUGCUGGCCGUCACGUCGCUCGCUGCCACCAACGACGUGACCAACGUCUCGUCGCCUCUCGAGUGGACCGCAUCCGUCGACGUGACCACGUGGUCUGUCCGUACUUUCACUCUGCCCGGUCCGUCCGGUUAUUUCUACGGAUAUCUGGCCGGCUUUCUGUUGAGCUUUGACUUGAACAAUGCUGAGUUCACUCCUUGCGUGCUGCGAGGCUUGUACGAUGACUUCCUGACGUGGCCCGCGACUCUGGGCUUCAGCAUUGAACUUAUCCACCCCGCCGACCCCGCUAAGAACAUCUCACGGUGUCAUCAAACCAAGUGGAAGAAAGCCUGCAAGUGCUCGGCCUUUCCAAACAUCGUUCUAGAAGGGUCCGGCAUAAGCAUAGAUUCCUCGACGUUGCAAGACGGUGGCUACAUCGCCAACGGCAAGCUCCGCUUGCGAUUUAACCUCACCCGUUAG